AUGAGGCGGCUAACAACCCCCAGAAACACGGCGAUAGUGCUAUCGCUACUUGUGAUCGGCUGGGUCCUAUUCAAACUCCUUCCCUUGUCCAACAGACUCGCGUUACCGGUACUUUUUCCCGAGGACUAUCGACAAAAACUUGACUACCAAUCCUACACGCAUUCGGACUGGAAAGGAUUCACCCGCUACUACGAAAAGCACCGGAAAUCAGUUGAGCUGGCCUCUUUGGAUGAUCGGUGUCGGGUGUUUCUCCGUUACUUCAUCGAUAAUCACCCUGAUUAUGAGUUCCUGAAGCUGAUCGGCGACGGCUACCUUAAUCAUGUUUCCAACCGGGAUAAAUUCAAACACCGAGUCGAAGGAGAAAGAGCUCAAGAACGUGAGUAUCGUGGUCAGGUCUAUACAAAUGCUAGGGUGGAGCUGGACAUGGCGGACGCCAUGGGCUACUUACGGAUAUACUCCAAGUGUAUGCUCAAUGAGGGUGUCGGAGAGUAUUCCCAGCUUACAUCGAAGCUAUUGCCGUUCCUUUCAGGCGAGAUUGGAGACUUUCCGGAACUGGAUUUCGGUAAGAACUACAACAAAGAGUCACACGACUUGAUCCAAUAUCUUCACCAACACCAACAAGGACGCGGGAUAGUCAUAUCGGCAUCAAACAGCUUCCGCCAGGAAGUGGCCCGACUUGUGAGAGUUUUGAGAGCACUCAACAAUCGUCUUCCCAUCGAAAUCAUCCAUCGAGGUGAUCUCAAUGAUCGCACCAUCGAAAUCAUAAACACCACUGCCACAGCUGACGUGGAGCUGCUUUUAGGGCCCGACGGACUUAUACCAACAAAUAAUGAAAAGUUCCGACCCGACAUCGAUCUUUUGGCAAACCAUUCAAGCUACCAUCUGGAAUUUCCUCCUCAAUACGUAAGGUUUGUCAAUAUCAAAGAUGUUCUCACGAAUGGAUACCAGAGAGUUUUCAAGGGCUACUCCACGCGUGGUCCUGCCUUAAUGUUUCUGUCAUUUAAAGAAGCAAUCUUAAUGGACGCUGAUUCGGUGUUGUUAGUGCCUCCAGAACAACUCUUCGAUUCUCCCGAAUACAAAAAGCUGGGAACAUACUUUUUUAAGGACCGUACAAUUAUGGACACUAAUCUGUGGGACGAAACCAACAUGUUUGCCAAGCUUAUGCCACAAGCUGGAGGGCUAGAUGAGUUAUUUGGCUACGCUGCCACCCUGAAUAAGACAUUAGGGAACCGCUACAUGGUGGGAUGGCGUCAUCUACAGGAAUCAGGGGUGGUUGUGCUCGAUAAACAACGUCAUUUCGGAGCAUUACUCGCUCUUAACACUAUGCUUGCGUUGGGAAAACCUCUCUCUGAUGCCGUUUGGGGUGACAAGGAGUUGUACUGGAUCAGUAUGGCUGUUUCAGGAGAUGAAGAUUACGAAUUCAACCAACACCUGGCUGCGGCCGUGGGUCAAGUCAGUGAUCGUAAGAAUCAAAUGUAUGAUAUUGACGAUAUCGUUGAAGUAUGCUCGUCUCAUCCAGGCCACAUCGACAGCAGUGGUAAUAUUCUUUGGAUCAACCUGGGCAUGCUGUGGUGCAAGAAGAAUCUGUUUUCUAUGGAUCAAGGACGGUUCCCUUAUCGCGAGUGGCAGCGGGACGACGUGGUAGAUUUGUAUGCCAAAGCGUUAAGCAUCAGAGCAGGUGUGGUUCCACCGGAGUAUCAUGGACUCAGAGAAGUUCUGGGAGUGGUUAUAGACGGCGAUACCUUUGGUGGACACGAUUUUGAUGAAAUGCAGGACGAUCUAGAUUAUACCCCUGUCAAAUACCUCCCCACCAAGGGUUGGAACAAAAACCCCAUAUGCUCUGGCUAUCAUUAUUGCGCUUACAAUCUGGUCAAUGCUACGUGGUUCACCGAUAUCGCUCGUCCCGGGAAAACGUUUGAUUUCAGCAAUCAGGGAAAUCAAUUGGACUACUUGGCCAAAGUAUGGUUCACUGGCACUCAACUGUUUACUGCUGACAAAGUCAAGAAACCAGAAAAACCAAAACCCGUCAUACAGCUUCCACCUGUUACUCCACAGAAUGGGGCCCCUGUUGAUCAAGCAAAUGCUCAACCAUCAGGUUUUAAGCCCUAUGACGGGUGGAGCAAGGAGCAGCAGGAAGCGAUUGAUGAAGCCAUGAAAGGGUUGAAGAUCAUUCCCAACCGUCCUAACCCGGGCCACAUGCCCGGGAUGGAAGAGCUAGAAGCGGCGAUGGACGACAUGAAUCUCGCUCACUGGAAGGAGGAGCCUUCGCCCAGCCCGUAG